AUGAAAACAAACACAUUUGAAACAAAAGCAAAGAGUAAUAAAAAGAGGAAUAUUAUAAGAGCAAAAAAAUAUAAAAUAAAUUUACCUCCAGAUUCCAAUAAUAGAUAUGAAAAUAUUUUAAAUUAUUAUAAAAAUGAAAAAAAAACAAACAAAUUUAUUGAUAAAAGAAAAAAUAAAAGUUUUUUUAAAAAUAGAAAAUAUGAAAAAAAUAUUUUUAAUUUAAAUGAUGACGUCUCUUUAAAAGAUAAUCAUUUAAGUACAAAUGAUAUACAUUCAGAAAAUGUUAAUUAUGCCAAUUCAGAAAUUAAUGAUGGGAAGUUAAAGGAUAAUUCAAACUACAUGAAGAAAAGUAAUAUAAAAAAUUUAAUACAAGAGAGAAUAGAGCAAAAAGAAUUAAAGAAAAUAAAAAAAUACGAAAUAAAAGAAAAAUUACGUAAAAUAGAUGAGAAUUUUGAAGAUAUUAAAAAAAGAAUUCUUUGUUUAAAUAACAAAAGUGAUCAUAUAAAAAAUGGACAUUCAGAAAAUAUAGAAAAAAAAUCAAAUGAUAUUUUACAUAAAUCAGAAGAACGAAAAAAACCUUUAGAAAAGGAAAAAGAAAAUUAUGAUGAAAAUAAUAUUAAUGCAUAUAUAAAGAACAAAGAAGAUCAAUUAAAAUAUUCAAAUAAUAAAUAUAUGGAAAAAAGAAUUCACAAAAUUGAAAAGGAAGAAAAUAAAAAGGACUUUGAGAAUUUAAAAAAAAAUGAGAAAAGGAUAAAUAUUAAUGAAUAUAAAAAAAGAAAAGUGCAAAAUAAGGAAGAAGAAGAGGAGAAAAAAGAAGAAAAAGUAGAGGAAGAGGAAGAGAAAAAAGAAGAGGAAGAGAAAAAAGAAGAGGAAGAGAAAAAAGAAGAGGAAGAGAAAAAAGAAGAGGAAGAGAAAAAAGAAGAGGAGGAAGAAGAGGAAGAGAAAAAAGAAGAGGAGGAAGAAGUAGAAGAGGAAGAAGAGAAAAGAGAAGAAAAGGAAGAAAAAGAAAAACAAGAAAAUAAAGAGGAAGGAGAAAAAGAAGAUAAAAAUGAAGAUACUGAGAAAUAUAAAUAUGAAGAAGGAAGUGCAACAAAGAAUUAUAAAGAAGAAAAAAAAGAGAAAGAGGAUGGAAAAAUAAAGGAUAAUAAAUACUUCAAAUAUAAAAAACAAUUACAAGUGAAUGAAUUGUUUAAUAAUAAAAAUAAUAAUGAUGAUUUACAUAUGUAUGAUAAUCAGAAUGAUAUGAAUAAAGAAUCAAGCUUAUUUUCUGAAGAAAAAAAAGAAUUGAAAGAUUCACAUGAUUAUGAUUCUGUUUAUUAUUUUUCUGAUGAAAGCGAUAAUGAAAUUAUAAAUGAUAUAUUUAAAAAAGAAUUGUUGAUAACUAAAAAAGAAGCAAAAAAUAUAUCAAGAGAUAAAAUAGAAAAAAUAUUAGGGAAAUUUUUGAGUGAUUAUAAUAAGAAUAUUUGUAACUAUUUUUUUAAUGAUUUAGAUGAAGAAACGAAUAACUUACCUAUAUAUAUAUCUAUACAAAAUAAAGAAUAUGAACUGAAAGACAUUAUACAUUUGCUAGAUUCUCACAGCUUUAGCUCACAAAAAAAAUUAUUAUAUAGAAUAUACUAUAUAAAUAUAUUUAACAAUAAAAAUAAAGAGAACUUGUUUCUUUCGUUCUUUUUUUUUUCUCUAAUGGAUUACUUCAUACUAAAUAUAUACAAAUGUUUAAAAUAUAAUUUGAAAUUAUUAGAUUUAAUUAGAAAUUAUAAAGAUAUAAUUUUAGAUUUUUCUCGCGAAAUAAAAAUAGAGUUACAUUUAUAUAUUUCCUUUUUAUUAUUAAUUCUUUUUUGUAAAACUCAAAAAAAAAUUAAAACAAGUGAAUUUUAUAAGAAUAAAAAAAAAAUUUUAGAAGAUUAUAUAGAAUUAAAUAAAUACAACCAAGACAAGGAAUAUAAUGUUAAAGUAUAUUCACGAAUAUUGAAAAGUGUUGAACUAUUUAAUUGCAUAUUUGAAAAAGAAAGUGAAACUCAUAAUAUAUCAUAUAUUCACUUUUCUAUUAUUUUUUUAACAUUAACCAUAUACCCAAUAAAUAAGUAUAAUGUUAUUUUUUCUAAUAAUCAAAAUGAUUCCAUGAAUACUAUGAAUAAUGAUUAUUUAUUAAAUAUAAAUAAAAACAAUGUAGGAGAUGAGAAAAUUUUGAAUAAAUGUCUUAAUUUGAAAGAGAAUGAUUAUGCGGAGUAUGAUGAAAAGCAUCCUUUCAUUACUUAUAUUAUUGAAUUAAUUGAAUUUAUGUUUUUUAAUUAUUUUUACUCAUAUAAUACCAACUUAGCUCAUGUAAACGUUUUUCAAAAUUAUGACUAUUUAUUUAAUGAUGCCACAUAUUUUAAUAUUAAUAAUAUUGAAGAAUGUAUAAAAAAUAUUGAAAAAAAUUUUUCAUAUAAAUGCUUUGAAAAUGAAGUAAGCAAUAUUGGAGAUGAAGAAAAAGAAGAAAUGAAAAGGGAAAAGGAAAUAAUAAAUCACCUAGGGAUAUUUAAUAAAAAAAAAGUAUUAAAGAACGCAGUUAUUUUAUUAAACAUUUAUAAUAUAGUUAUAGAAAAUAGUAAAAAAUACAGUCAGAGUUUUUUUUAUUUAUCAUUUAAAAUUUUAAAUACCCUUCUAUAUAAUAUUAUAUAUGAAAAGAAAAAAAAAAAUGAAAGUAUAGAGAAGGAAGAGAAAUGCGAUAUAAAAAAAAAAAAAUACAAGAAGAAUAAAAAUUAUUUAUAUAACCUAUCCUUUUUUACUUUAAGAAAUUUAAUUUUCUUUUUAAAAAUAUUUAUAGAUAAUGAAAUUAAUAUUUACAUUUUAAUAAAUCAUAUAAUUAUUCCAUGUUUAUUCUAUUUGUAUAUUAAUUUUCUAAAUUUUACAAUCAAAUUUAAUAUAAAAAUUGAUUUUAUAAAGACAAUUAAUAAAUUUAAAAGUGUGAGUACUACAGAAGAUUUAUUUGAAAGUAAUGAUUUUAUCAAAUGCAAAAAUAAUCAAAAAUAUUUUAUGUUGUUAUUAUAUUUAUAUAAAUUAAUUCAGUAUUCUCACAUUUACGAUAUUAAGCCAAUAAUAUACAAAGAUAAUAGUCGAAAUAUUAUAUCGUUAUUUACUCCAAAAUAUGUCAACAAUAAAAAUCAAAAAGAUUUCAUGUUUAUGCAUAACAACCAAACAAAGUUGGCAGAAAUGAAAUCUUUAAAAAAAAAGAUGAAACAACAAAAAAAAUUAGAUUACAAUGAAUUAAGGAAGGAAAAUAGUUUUAUAAUAAGCUUAAAAGCAAAAGAAGAAUAUGAAAGAAAAAGAAGAAAUAAGGAAAGAUAUAAAAAAGUAAAAUCGAUAGCACAGCAAGAUGUUGAAGAAUAUAAUAAAAUGAAAACUUACACCCAUUAA